ACGUUUCUCGAGCCCUCUAAGAUGGCGAAGUUCCGACUUUAUUGGUAAGCCCAUCUUUAUGAUAAAGCCUUGUCAUGGCUCGGGCAGGGAAGGCAUGGGUCUUCUUUGGUCCUCUUCUCUAGCGCUGAUGAAUAAUCAAUUCAUACAGCUAGCGUAAUCUUAUGGAUUCUCCUGCACCGUCCUGCACCGUGUUGCCUCACACGCGACGCGCUCGUGAUAUAAUCGCGCAAUUCGUGGAAACUAUGAACUAAUUAUCAUCAGUACAAAUAUCUCAGGUGCAUACGAGACACCAUUACUCAUCUACCUACAAUGUCGACACCCCAAGGAUUCAUCAAGCGCAACGAGAAAUAUGCUGCAACAGUUCGACAAGGGCGACUUACCCUAUGCCUCCGUCGAAGAAGCUCAUCGUGGUAACUUGUAUGGAUGCGCGAAUCGAUCCCGCUGCGUCCCUCGGCAUCGAGCUUGGCGAAGCGCAUGUUAUCCGCAACGCAGGAGGCAGAGUCCAAGAUGCGAUCAGGAGCAUCAUAAUCUCCCAGCGUCUCCUCGGGACACGAGAAAUAGCCGUCUUCCACCACACCGAUUGUGGAAUGAUGACAUUCACCACACAGGACUUGCAAAACCAGAUCGUCGACGAGGACGGGGCCGAAGCAGCUAGUUUGGUUAACGACAUUGAUUUUUUGGAGUUUUCUAAAUUAGAAGAAAGUGUGAAGCAGGAUGUCAAGUAUCUGCAGAGCCAUCCCCUUGUGUUGAAGGAUACUCCCAUCACUGGGUGGAUUUAUCACCUUGAGAACGGAAAGGUUACUCAAGUGGUGCAGUGAUGCAGUCUCUCUACAGCUUUCGUUGCAUCAUACAUGGAUCCAUUGUACAAUAUGUUCAAUAGUCACGAUACUUUAUUAGUCUUCUUCAUAAUUGUUGGAAUAAUCAUGAC